AUGCCCGUGCUCGAGGUCAACACGACGCAGCUGCAGCUUUUCGCGGACGUUUGCAGCACCGUAAUGAGCGCUCCGGAAAGCGAGCCCGCGCCGAUCAUGAACUCGCUCGUAUCCGCCACCAAGGAUGUCACCAACGAAUCACUGCCAAAUCCGGUGGCCGCCGCCGUGACGAACCUUGCCAUCCCGUCGACCAUCUCCAUCUCGAGCUUUCCCGGCCCGAUCAUGAGCAUUAAUACGACGGACGUGAUCGAAGACUGCGCCGAAGACAAAGAUAACAUGAGCGAACCGUUGAAGGACGACGCCGUGAUUGAGAACGACCUGGAGCAGCAGCAGCUGGAUGAAUCGGUGGAGAAGCUAAAAUCGCUGGAAAUACCGUUGCUCGUGGACAAGGAACCUCAAGACCGAGGAGGAAUAAUCAACAACAUUGAAGAGGACGACGGCGGCGUGAAGGCGGUUGAACCGAUAGAGUGCGGAAGUAGUCUGAUUUCGCCGAAGCACAUGAUGAAGACGCACUUUGACGACGUGAUGACGUCGGAGACGACAUCGACCUGUUCCGGAAGCAAGCAGGUCGAGAGUUCGGACACGUCGUUGAUUUCGAACGCGGAGCUGGCCGAGUUUAAGAACGCCCACGCAAAGAAACUCACGUGCGUCGACAUCAUGCUGAUGUGCGACCUGUUCUAUCUGCCUUUCUCUAAAAGUAUCAACUCCAACAACAACAACCCACGCAUUAGCAGCAACAGUCGUGGUGGCAGCAGCAAAAACAAUAACAAACCACGAACACCGUGCUGGAAGUGUGGCGAGCUGCACUACGUGGAGUUUUGCCAGUACCUGAACCAUCGCUGUCGGGAUUGCAACCGAGUCGGCCACAAGGACGGGUACUGCCAGUGUGUGCGGUCGAAUCCAGGUAAAAAGCGUCGCGAGAAGUCCAGCAAGCCAGCGCACACCAGGGGGAUCUACGUGAAACAGCUAGCUGUUCACCGCAACCGAAAGUUUGUGACCGUGGUGAUUAAUCACGUCGAGCUUCAACUCCAGUUGGACUGUGCUUCCGACAUCACCGUCCUCACGGAAGCCAGCUGGAACCGCAUCGGACGACCACCAAUGGAGCCACCGUCACAGCAAGCUCGGACUGCUUCCGGACAGCCGUUGGACCUGAUCGGCGAGAUCGUCUGUGACGUCACGCUGAAAGGAGUGCAUCGUUCAGGCCUCGACUUCAUCGAUCUCUUCAACCUGUGGGAUGUCCCCCUGAGCACGGUUUGCAACCUGGUGACGUCAUCUAAGGACAACGUGGAGUGGCUGAAAGCGUCGUUCCCGCAGCUGUUUUCCGACUCACUCGGAUGCUGCAAGAAGGCCGAACCGAUCCAAACCGAGCUAGAACGUCUCCAGAAGCUGGACAUCAUCUCUCCGGUGGAGUUUUCGGACUGGGCUGCCCCCAUCGUUGCCGUUAAGAAAAAGUCCGUCAACGGUGAGCCAAACAAAGUGCGAGUGUGCGCGGACUACUCGACUGGCCUAAACAGCCUCAUCCAGCCGAACCAACAUCCGUUGCCAUUGCCCGAGGAGAUUUUUGCCAAGCUUACGGGUAGCAAGAUCUUCACGCACAUCGACCUGUCGGACGCGUAUCUGCAGGUGCCUGUCGAGAAGGAGUCUAGACAGUUCCUGACGAUCAACACUCACUUGAGCCUGUUCGAGUUCAACCGCUUGUCGCCCGGUGUCAAGUCAGCCCCUGGCGCCUUCCAGAAGAUCGUCGAGUCGAUGGUCGCUGGCCUCGACGGAGUGGAGGUUUACCUCGACGAUGUGCUCGUCCAUGGCAGAACACCGGAAGAGCACCGCUCACGUUUGCUGAAGGUCCUGGAACGCAUCCAAGAGUGGGGUUUCACCCUGCGCAUCGAGAAAUGCUCGUUUUUCAUGUCGGAGAUCACCUAUUUGGGAUUCAUCGUCAACAACCGAGUAAUCAGGCCGGACCCGUCCAAGACGUCCGCCAUCUGCCGCAUGCCACCCCCGCAUGACGACAGCAGUUUGCGUUCCUUCCUCGGUGCGAUCAAUUUCUACAGAAAGUUUGUUCGCAACAUGCACGAUCUCCGACACCCACUGGAUGCCAAGUGGGACUGGAACGAAAGCUGCCAGGAGUCGUUCGAGAAAUUCAAGAACCUGCUCCGGUCGGACCUGCUUUUGGUGCACUACAACCCUGAGCUGGAAACUAUCGUCGCCGCUGACGCGUCCAACUACGGUGUCGGCGCGUGCUUAAUGCAUCGAUACGAUGACGGCUUGAUCAAGGUGGUGUGUCACGCGUCUCGGACGUUGACGUCGGCCGAGCAGAACUACGGUCAAGAGGCUUUGGCGCUGAUCUUCGGUGUUACCAAGUUUCAUCGCUUCAUCUGGGGACGGAGGUUCACACUUCACACCGACCACAAGCCGCUGGUCGCCGUGUUCGGGUCCAAGAUGAGAAUCCCGGUUCACACCUCCAACCGUCUUCAGCGAUGGGCGCUGAUCCUGCUUUCCUACGAGUUUGACAUCGAGCACAUCUCAACGCAAGACUUUGGCUAUGCUGACAUGCUCUCGAGACUGAUCGACGCGCGGAUCAAACCGGACGAGGAUUUUGUGAUCGUCGCAAUCCAGCUCGAGGACGAACUUGCAGCGGCCAUGGACGAAGCACUCAACAUUCUAAAAGUGGCCACAAGCAACGACAAGCUACUGCAAGACGUCAUCAAAAAAAAAAUCCGGUAA